AUGCCAGAUCCCAGGAUAAGGAAAGCGAGACACGAGUUGACGCCAGAUAACCUAUCAUCUUCACUUCUUAUAUCAAACUUGCCGAGCUCAUGGACGCAGUCGACAGUGACAUCGGUUAUUGCAGGGUCCGGGCCUAUUGUAAAGGUGUCUGAGAAGAAAGAUCCGCGCAAUGGCAGGCUGAUUGGUAUUGUAAUAGACUAUUUAACUAGCAAAGACUGCAAACGUGCAGCCGAAGUCAUACAGAAGAUAAAGAAUUUCACAUGCAAGCUGGAGCGGAUCAUCCCUCCCAAUUGGUCGUCGCGGACCGAGGUCAGUGAUAGAGACGUAUUGGAUUUGAAACGGGAUCAAUAUCCGUGGGACGACAACUUGGAACUCCCGUUUGAGCUUGUUUCGGAGGUGCCUAUCCCGCGAAAACCGGUGUCGAAGCCCGCGACUGGUGUGAAUACCAACGGAAGCGGGACUUCGCCAUUUCCAGAAAUUCUGAGCAAAGCCUCACAACACCUGCCGCCUCUGCAUCCGGGUUCGCUGGUCGCCACAGAGCCCAUUUCUGCUAACCUUACUAACAUCCCUCCUUUGCAACUUCUGGAGAUGAUCUCUAAUCUCAAAAUGCUGUCCAAUCAGGACCCAGCCAAGAUUGCCAAGUUAGAGCAAUUCUUGAGGAAUAACAGCGUGGUGACUAUGGUUACAGUAGCACAAGCGCUCCUUGAAAUGGGAUUUAUAAACUAUGAGGUAGUAACAAAGGUGAUCUCUGAAUAUCAACCAUUACAGACACAGAACACUAUGAGACAGCCGGUGCCACCAGUAAACUUUGCGCAACCUCCGGCAAUGCCUCAUAUGUCGACGAUGCUAAACAUGAUGCAUCCACAAAUGAUGGCAACGCCACACCAAGCAUCUCAGGUUCCCACUACGGGCCCGUUCAUUAUUGGCCAGGCUCCUCCGCCCAUGACACAACAGUCGCAGCCAAUGAGACUAAAUGAAACAAAGUUAAAUGCGCUGCCUCGGGCGAAACAGGAUAUGAUUAGACAGGUAAUUAAUCUUCCACAAGAGCAAAUCAGGUUGUUACCCCCUGAGCAAGUGACUGUGAUCGAAAAUUUGAGGCAAGAAUAUUUGAUAUAG